AUGACAGAAGAACACAUUCUAGAUGAUCCUUUAGUCUUUGUCUUGUCGCCGCGUGGAACUCAAGAAGCUCGUGGUUCACAUUCUAGGAAGAGGUCACGAGCUGCAGAAAUGCAUAACCUUUCCGAAAAGAUACGGAGAGAAAAAAUUAACGAGAAGCUUAAGACUCUGCAAGAACUCAUUCCUGGAUGCAGCAAGAAGGAUACAGCUUCAACGCUGGAUAGUGUUAUCGAGUACGUGAAAUCGGUCCAGAUGAAAGAGCAGGUAAUGCCCCACAUGAGGAUGAAUAUGAACCGGCCUCCUCCAUUGAUACCUUUCUCGGGCACACCUUUUCCUAGGCCGCCUCAUAUGGCGGGUGUAGGUCGUCCAUCGUCAUGCCCAGCGCCACGCUACCCUACUGAUCCAUCUAGAGUCCAUUUACGAAGUCCUCAGCCUAACCCGGUUUCGAACCAGCCUCAGUUUCCGACUUACAUGAAUCCCUAUAGCCAGUUUGUUGGUCUCCACCAGAUGCAACAACCUCCUUCUUCAUUGCAUAGUCAAACAACAUCGCAUUAUUUCAGCCAUGCAAGUAGUAGCAAAGAACCUGAUGAUCAGGGCAACCAAUCAACAGGUUGA